AUGGUUGCUAAUCACCUUGUGGCAUUUAGGAGUCACCGGAAAUUCGAAGCCCCUCGGCACGGCUCUCUUGCCUUCUUGCCACGGAAGCGCAGUGCUAGACACCGAGGAAAGGUUAAGAGUUUCCCCAAGGAUGACCCCAAGAAGCCUGUUCACCUCACUGCCGCCAUGGGCUAUAAGGCCGGUAUGACGACAACUGUCCGCGAUCUUGAGCGUCCUGGUGCCAAGAUGCACAAGAAGGAGGUCGUUGAAGCUGUCACAGUCAUUGAAACUCCUCCCAUGAUUGCUGUUGGUGUUGUUGGAUAUAUCGAAACCCCCCGCGGUCUCCGAUCGCUAACCACUGUCUGGGCCGAGCACUUGAGCGACGAAAUCAAGAGACGGUUCUACAAGAACUGGUACAAGAGCAAGAAGAAGGCCUUCACAAAGUAUGCCAAGAACUACUCGGACAACAAGGGCGCUUCCGUCACUCGCGAACUCGAGCGCAUUAAGAAAUACUGCACCGUUGUCCGCCUCCUUGCACACACCCAGAUCCGCAAAACCCCUCUCAAGCAAAAGAAGGCUCACCUUAUGGAAAUCCAGGUCAACGGUGGCUCUAUUCCUGAGAAGGUUGACUUCGCCCACGGCUUAUUCGAGAAGCCAAUUGAAAUUGACACCAUUUUCGAGCAAGAUGAGAUGAUCGAUGUCAUUGCUGUUACGAAGGGUCACGGUUUCCAGGGUGUUACGAGCAGAUGGGGAACCAAGAAACUUCCUCGUAAGACCCACAAGGGUCUGCGAAAGGUGGCCUGUAUUGGUGCUUGGCAUCCAUCCCACGUCCAGUGGACUGUUGCCCGUGCUGGUCAAGACGGUUAUCAUCAUCGUACCUCCGUCAACCACAAGAUCUACCGCAUUGGAAAGGGUGCAGAUGAGGGUAAUGCCUCUACUGACUUCGAUGUCAGCAAGAAGCAGAUUACUCCAAUGGGCGGUUUCGUCAGAUAUGGUGAGGUUAAAAAUGACUUCGUCAUCCUUAAGGGAUCUUGCCCCGGCGUGAAGAAGCGAGUCCUCACUCUCAGAAAAACCCUCUACCCACAAGUCAGCCGCAAGGCCUUAGAAAAGGUGGAAUUGAAAUGGAUCGAUACGUCUUCCAAAUUCGGCCACGGUGCUUACCAGACUCCUGCCGAAAAGCGGGCAUUCAUGGGUACUCUCAAGAAAGAUUUGGCCGUGGCCCCAUGA